AUGCGCUUAGAUGUUCCUCAAUUCCUUCUGCUGUGUAAUUUAUUGGUUGAUCGGGGUUACUGGUAUGCAUAUCCUUCUCAAAGAGUGGGAGUACAUGAAUCCGUUGCUUUAAUCCUAAUGUGCCUGAGCCAUGAUGAGAGGCACCGUGUGCUAGCCGAGCAAUUCCAGCAUUCAACGGAGACGAUUGAUCGACACGUUCGUCAUGUCUUACGAGCUUUGGUUCGGUUAGGUCGUGAUCUCGUUAGGCCAAGAAACGUCGAUGACACUCAUCCAAGGAUUUUGAACAAUACUUUGCUCAUGCUGUGGUUCCGGGAUUGUGUAGGAGCCUUAGAUGGGACCCACAUAUCCGCUUGGUGCAGAGCAGAGGGUAGUGCUCAUGAUGCCCGAAUUCUCCAAGAAACCUUGCUUGAUCCGGGCUCGGGAUUUCCAAUGCCACCACAAGAUGCUGCCUACAGAAAUAUGCCGGGGUUUAUGACACCGUUUAGGGGUGUACGGGGCACGCAUCAUGAGCGAGCAGCUAAAGCUCUGUUCAGUAGGUGCCAUGCAUUAAUUAGAAAUAUUAUUGAGCGCGCAUUUGGAGUUCUUAAGAAGCAUUUUCCAAUACUCAAAGGGCCAAUGCAGAACUACUUGAUAGCAACGCAAAAUAAUAUUGUGCUUGCAUGUUGUGCUUUGCACAAUUUUUUGCGUGAUUAUGUGCCGAAUGACGAGUAUUUCAAUAAAGAAGCGGCAAAUGAAGCCUUUGCAGAUGCACACAUAGUAGGGAAACAAGUGCAGAUGGGUCAACCUAUCGAUAUGUCGCAGUAG